AACACGAGCUGUUUUAUUUACAUUUGUAGGUCACUCCUCCCUUUCCUGUACAAUGGCGGAUACUGAGGAAGGCGGCAGGUGACAGGUUUUCACUUGUUUAAUAAUGACAUCGUGAUAGACCAGCCAAAGUACCAAGAUGAGCAUCAAGGCAUAUGAGAUUGUUCCAGCCAUUGAGCGCUCGAAGCUCAUUGGUGACAAAGCCAAAACUGCCAUCGAAUGCAUGGAGAGCUGUGGAAAGAACCUGUACAUAGGAACCACAGACUGCUUCAUCAUUCACUUCCUCUUGGAGGAAAAGUCGCAACCGAAUGGCAAAAUCAUGUACAACUCCGAACAGCAAUCCCGUAAGUACCUGGGGCUGAAGAAGCCAAUCGUACAGCUCAAGGCGGCAUCGGCGCUGAACAGGAUUCUCGUGCUGUGUGACAGCACGCUGACUCUACUGACCAUGUUUAACCUAGAGCCAAUCCUGAGUGGUGCAAAGGUGAAGGGGGUGACAGCAUUUAGCAUUAACGAGACCCCUCUAGGGAACAAUCCCUUCAGUGUGGAGAUCUGUGUGGCGUAUGGGAGGAAGAAGUCCCUGCAGCUGUUCACGGUAACGGAAGACAGGAUGGUCGCCACAAGAGAGGUGGCUGUAGCAGAACCACCUGUGAACAUGUGUAUAGAUGGUGCAUCUAUAUGUGUGGCUCUGGGAUCACAGUACAACAUGGUCAACUUUGAAACUGGCGUGACUCAAGACUUGUUCCCGUAUGAAAAUGAGACAACCAAGCCACUCAUAAAGAGGGUGGGGAAUGAAGAGUUCUUGCUAAGCGGUCCCAGUGCUCUGGGAAUGUUUGUAACCUCUGCGGGAAUCUCCCAACGGCCCCCUCUUCAGUGGUCCGACAACCUCAGCUCCGUGUGUUUCGUCUUCCCGUACGUGCUCGCCAUGGACGAAGAGUUCAUCACGGUCCACAGCAUCCUCGAUCAGCAACAGAAACAGACUAUACCAUUCCAGGGGGGCAAGAUCAUUGGGGAUUUCGAGGGGCGGAUCUUCGUGGCGUCCAGCAAAGAGAUCUACUCCCUCAUCUCGGUCCCGUUCGAGAAGCAGAUCCAAGACUUGCUGGACAGCAGGAGGGUGGAGGAAGCCCUUGCUCUGGCCAAGAGUGCGCGGCGGACGAUUCCGAAAGAGCGCUUCAUCAAGAUGUACCGAAGGAUCCAGCAGCAAGCCGGUUUCAUCCAGCUGCGUCAGCUGAACUUCGGAGAGGCGGCCGAGCUGUUCAAGAGCGGGCAGCUGGACGUCAGAGAGCUGAUCAACCUGUUCCCCUUCAUGCUUCCGACCAAUUCCAACUUCACGCGCUCAGUCCCGCUACUCCAUGACAUCGCAGAUGUCAAGCAGCUCUGCCUGGGGGAUGCUGGGAAGAUGAAGGCCUGCAAGGACUUCCUCGCGUCGUUCUUGGAAGACGUUCGUGACACGAACCUCGUGGUUGGCUACAAAGAGGAGGUUGACACGGCCUUGUUGAAGCUGUACGCGGAGAUUGAUUCACCGAAGCUGGUUGACUUUGUGUCUUCGGAGAACGGGUGUUUCAUACAGGACAGUGUAGACUCCCUCCAGAAGUAUGGCCGCCACCAUGCACUCGGACUGUUCCACAAGUACCAUGGGGACAAUGAAAAGGCCUUGCAGGUGUGGGUGAGUAUUGUGAACGGUGAGCUGACUGACCCCUCCCACCCCGGCCUGUCCUUUGUGGUGGAGUUCCUGUCUCAGCUGACAGACCAUGAGCUGGUGUGGAGGUACGUGGACUGGGCACUGGAGAAGGACCAGGAACAGGGUGUGAAGAUUUUUACACAGCGUCCCGCCGACGAGCCUCAGACAGAGCGCAUGAGGCCGGAGACGAUCGUGGACUACCUGCACAGGUACCCACAGGCCGUGGUCUGCUACCUGGAACACCUGGUCUUUACCAGGAAACUGGAGAAGGAGAAGUACCACACACACCUGGCUGUACUGUACUUGGACAAGGUGUUACAGAUGAGGAAGGACCCAUCCAUCCCUACGGAUGAAAUGGAACGUUCCAGAGAGAAGCUGAGACAGAUGCUGCAGUUCUCCUCUCUCUACCGGGUGGCGCUAAUCUUGGGCAAAGUAAAGGAGACGGACAUGUAUGCGGAAUGUGCGAUCUUGUAUGGAAAGAAAGAAGAGCACGACAAAGCCCUGCGUAUCCUCGUGUACAAGCUGAAAGACUACCGUGCAGCCGAGCAGUACUGCGACACCAACGCCAAAGGUCACGACCUUCCAUACCGCCGUCGUCUGUUCCAAAUCCUCUUGUCCGUCUACCUUGACCCGAUGGAAGGCGGGAAAGAUUCGCUGGCAGCUCCCGCGGUGCAACUUCUCAACAAUCACGCCGAAGACUUUGACGCCGUUCGCGUGUUACAAAUCAUCCCAGCCCACUGGUCCAUCGGUCUCAUCCAGCAGUUCUUGAACCGCGCUGUGAGACAGAGCAUGCACAACCAGAGGACUACACGGGUGGAGCGAAUGUUGGCACGGGGAGAGAACCUACAGAUGAAGGGAACGUCAGUGGGGCUGAAGCGAGAGCCAAUCACACUGUCGGAAGAGCGGUAUUGCCAGGUUUGCUGUAGGCCGUUCAGUGACAACGCGUUUGCAAGGUAUCCCAACGGGCUGGUGACACAUGUGCAAUGUGCGAGGAACAAAUAUGUCUGCCCUAUUACUGGUAGGUUAUUCAGCACCAAACCAGCAAAGAAAUGAUGUUAGCUAUGUCCACAGAAAGAUUUAGUCUUUUUUUAAGUUUAUAUGUAAUCAGAGUAUCAAUUACUAGAGUAUAUAAGUCAUAUAUUUCAAAGAACAUUUCCAGAUCAGUUUGAUUAUAGUUUAUUGCAAUAAUGUGGUCCCACCAACUUGCUGUACAUAAAACACCCUAUAGAAGGAUGAGGUACAAUUUAGAGAUGUAAGCUU